CCCAAAAGAAGCUACUCUGCAGCAUCAUACCGAUGAUAAUAUCUCCGAAGCAAUAUUGUCGUGAAUGGCCAGCAGCAUGCAACACUCGUCAAGAUCUACCCGGCUUAAAUAUUGGCUGAGUCGAUUCAGUGCGAAGCUUCUCAAAGCAACAUCACCUGAAGAAUCUCUUAAAACAGCAUCAUCAAAGCCAGCUGUGCCUCUUCGAGCAGCACCGCCAGUAGAACCUCGCAAAGCAACACCAUCUGAACCAGCUGAGACCCCCCAAAUAACGCCUCCAGGGCUUCCUACAACAACAUUGCCGGCAAUGGAAAAUGAAGAUCAUUGGAGCUCUAGUGACUCUAAAUCUCAAUCUAUUCAAAAAAUGUCAUCCGAGGGAUGGCCAACGAGGCCCCAAAGAAUAGCACCGUUCAAACUCCUUACGCAAGAGGAUCGCGAGAGGAUUUCAGACAAUAUAUCUACCGCUUCCGCCAAGGUAAGCUCUGUUGCUUCACUCGGCAUCCUAAACAUCGCCGAGGCCCAAGCCGGUGCAGCAACUACCGCAGCAGUAGCUCGCUUCGUCGCGGACAGUAUACCUUAUCUUCUCGAUGAUUUCAGCAGGCGUGCCGGGGAAAAAAGGACCAAUGAUCCAGAGGAAAUCGCACAGUAUGCUUCCACCAUUCCCUCCUGGCCCAAAAUUUUGUACGAUGAUAUCGGUGAUCAACCCGCCAAGACGGUCGCUAGUCAUGUCAAGGGCUCCCUAAACGGUCUUCACGCAAAAGCUACAGUUGCAGCUAUUAUAAGAGCUGAAAAGAGACUCCUUCGCUCCAUUGCGAAUGUCAUGGAAGACCACGUACUUAUUUCCGGGACCACAAAGUGGACACUUAGGAUAUUGAUAUUCACUGUUUCAGCGGCAGCUUCUGAAGCAGCUUUAAUGGCGGCUUGUCGAAUUACUCGCACUAGUGCAGGUGACAUAGCUCUCGUGGAUAACGAUCCUCCACCACCCUAUAUGGAAGAUUCAAAAUUGACGUGGGAAAGGGGGGUUCAUGGGGGGUAGAUAGGUAGACAUGACACGUGUCACGAGGUGGAACGAAACAGCAUGGAAAUAACUCCGCUGUUCUAGAUGUCUCAUCUAGAAUCCUGACAGCGUUUGAUGGUUCAGCCUCGUCGGAUAUGGUUCGGCGGAUUGGUUUUUUUCCCUUUCUAUCUUCCGUUGCCGUCGUCUGGCCCGUUACGGCCGCAUCAACUGCCUCAAUAGCGGCUCGGAUUGCCCUCACGGUCGUCAUGGCGCCGAUGCCAACGGAUUCUUUUAGGAAAGGAACCCAGGUCGCCGUGGUCGCCGCGGACGCCGCCGCGGCUAAGACUCUAUGUGAGUCGGUUAUUCCCUUUUUUAAAUCUUCAUUAUGCGUAGGUAAGACUGGUCGGUUUUUUUUGGGCCAAAAAUGUUUAUUAAUUGUCUCUUAUUAAAGGAACGAAAAGUCCGAAAAAUGAGCCAAUGGCUCCGAGGAACGUCAAAACUUAAUAGAAUGUAUUUAUUGGCGAGCCGAAGGUAGUCGGAGUCGCUCCCGUUACUGCCGCAGUUGUAGUGGUAGUGGUUGCAUGUGUGUGAUGGUCUCGGUGAUGGUCUCUGUCAUUUGGGUCAUCAUUUUGGCUUGGUUGGUCCUAGAAAAAGGCUAUUAGUACCUAUGUUUAUGUCACGAGGUGGGGCAAGAAGCAUAGAAGCAACUUUGCUCUUCCUCAAGGAACCC